GAAGGCUUUCGGUUAUGCUUAAUUUUCUGUAAGUUUUCUUCCAAACAAAUAAAGUUUCUGCGAGCGAGAAAUAGGAGAUUAGAGAGAAACUGAAAACGAGGACACCCUGCUUUAUUUCCUUUCCCGCUCACUGUUCCCCUCUUCAGAUUACUGUACUGCAUGGUAUCUCACCCUUCCUCGCCAUUAACACUAGAGGCUGGAGCCAGAGAAGAAAAAGAUAGUAUAUGGAGGACGGCGCAGGAAGAGGUUUGGAAUGCCAGAAGAUUAUGGAUGGGAAGGUGAAUAAUGAGAAUGGUUCAGAGAAGCCAAUCCCUUCUUGUUGCUUGAAGGCUAGGGCUUCUCUCCCUGAACUUGAAGCCAGAUGCCAUUCCACUGUUGUCUCUGGAUGGUUCUCAGUAUCUCAGUCUUGCACUGAUAAAGCUAACAAAAGCAUUUACUUCAACAACCCUAUGUGGCCUGGUGAAGCACAUUCACUGAAGGUUGAGAAAGUUUUACACAAGGAGAAGUCAGAUUACCAAGAGAUCCUAGUUUUUGAGUCAGCAACAUAUGGAAAAGUGCUCGUUCUUGAUGGCAUUGUACAGUCUGCUCAAGAGCUUGUGGAGAAGCCAUUUUUUGAAACAAUAGCGAGAGCAUUAAGACCUGGUGGUGUCGUCUGUAAUAUGGCAGAAAGCUUGUGGCUACAUACACAUCUUAUUCAAGACAUGAUCUCUAUUUGCCGUGAUGCUUUCAAGGGUUCUGUCCAUUAUGCAUGGACAAGUGUACCAACAUAUCCAAGUGGAGUAAUUGGAUUUCUUCUGUGCUCUACGGAGGGUCCUCCUGUUGAUUUCAAGAAUCCCAUCAAUCCUAUUGAAAAAUUGCAAGCAGCUGGCAAGGAUAAAAGAGAACUUAGGUUUUACAAUUCAGAGUUGCACUCGGCCGCUUUUGCUCUGCCAACAUUUUUUCGGAGAGAAGUGAGCGGACUCGGUGCGUCUCCAACCUGCCCAUGACAACUUUUUCUUUGAAAAUUGAUUUUAGCAAUCCUAAUAUAUUUUUCCAGGAAAAAGAUUCAUGUGAAGUUUAACCCUACAUGGAUAAUAGACUACAGCAAGGUGAGGGCAUGAGAAGCUUUCAGGGCUUUGAGGAGGAUUUCUAUUCUAGCGUGUAUUGUUAUUUCUUCCAACAAUGUUAUCCGGUGGAUGACCUUUUUAAUUUAUAUUAGAUAUAUAUAUAUAUAUAUAUAUCAUACGAUAUUGUAUUUGUAGGAACGUUCUAUAGCUUCUCCCAGU